AUGACAAGACUUUUCGUAUUGCCAUUUACGUAUGUCAUCUCUUACAUUGUAAUGGUCAAAAUUUCUAAGACGACAGUCAAAUCAGUGGUGCUCCACUGAUCGUUUUGUAUUUUUCUGACGCACCACCUGAGAUUUUUUCAACAUGCAUUCUCGAAAACCAGUUUACAGGAGAAAGAUACCCUGGUACGAAUACAUGCACAGCUUUUCUCGGGCAAGCAAGGAGGUAUCGACGCCUUUGUUCACGGAGUUUCAGUCGAUUGGGACGGCCAUAGGGAGAUUAUGCUAUGCCAGACAAAAACUAAUUAACUUUGAUGCAGAAGUAAACUUUGUAUCGGAAAGGGUAAAAAACAACGCCAAAUCCACCGCCUUCUUGCAGACAGCAAACGGUUACCUUGACACUUUGGGCACGUGGAAGCGGGCCCUCAAAUACUAUACCAAGAGUAUUAUUUAUGCAAUACCUGGCACUCCAGAACUCGGGAUCGCUUAUGCUGGUCGUUCAGCAAUUCUAUACGAACUUGGAAGGUAUGAAGAUUGUCUAACCGACAUAGGUAGAGCCUUGACAUACAAUUGUCCAAACAAUGUGAAGGGAGUACUCUUCUGUAGAAAGAUGAGAUGUCUAAGGCUUUUGCGAAGACCACGAUGGGAGAUCCAGGAUACUGUGGAUUCAGCACUUCAUGCACUGAGUUUGAUGCCUCCUGGGAUUGAGGGGAGAGAGGAAGUGCAGAACACCAUGGAUGAUAAGUUUUUCUUGAUUCCGAAGGACCUAGUCAAGCGCAGAAGAGGGUGGAAACCACCAUACAAAAUCACCAAGAUGAAACCCGUCAUGAACGAUCCUUUUUGCCCUAUAGUUGGAGGCACUGAUCUUCUUACCAGACACACUGAUGCGCUUGGCAGGCAUGUUAUUACUACGAACAAUCUCAGACCUGGUCGGCUAAUUGCGGUGCUUCCUUCUUACGUUCGUGCCGUUGGUCCUCACAAGAGCUAUCGGAUGUGUUCUGAGUGUCUGAAACGAACAAGGAUUGGCAUUCACUGCCAUAAAUGUCCCAAUGUCGUUUACUGCUCGGAAAAGUGUCGUGACAAGGCAUGGGACGACUAUCAUGAGAUGGAGUGUCCGGUCUUGGGUGUAUUAUUGGAUUGCAACAUGAGCACUCCUGCUCUAACUGCCAUGAGAAUGACAUUAAGAGGUCUUCGGGAAGCUGGGAGCAUUGAAAGGCUAAUCAAGUUGUCGGGGGCCAUAAAUAGUUGUCCGGAGCCGCACAAACUAGGCUUUACAGGUGAACGCUUCGAUACUACAAAGUACGCAUCGGUUUACGCAAUGAACCCUCGUGCAAUGCGUCAAUCCCAUUCAGAGAAAUUCUACAUAUCGACGACGGCCCUGAUGAUUGUCUACUAUCUUGCUACAAUGUCUAAUAUACUUGGGCGUAGAUACCGGGACUCCAUAAAAGUCUUCACGUGGAAUCCAAGACUCGUGUAUUUGGCAGAAUUAGUAGUGGAGAAUAUGAAUAUCGUGCUGAGAGCUGCACUGAGGACUACGCGGUGCUCUAUCAGAAUAAGGGACGAUAUUGCGCUUUCAUGUUUGACUUCUCUCUUCAAACACAGUUGUAAUCCAAAUAUCGCGGUUUUUGGACGAUACAAGAAUGUUCUUAUGUCAAUUCGACCCAUCAGAGCAGGCCAACAAAUCUGCAUAAAUUACCACAAUCUCCAUUUUACUAAAGACGAUUGGGUAAAAAGGCAGGUACUGCUCCUUAAAAAAUACCGCUUCCGGUGUCAGUGUCCGCCAUGUAGAUAUUACUGGCCAACCAAAACACGUCUACCAUCUAUAGCAGGAGACGCCACGGACUUUCUAGAGGAUGCUGUCGCCAAUAGAUAUUUUGUAAAGUCGCUAGAAUAUAGACUUUACAUGAAAAAGAAGCUAGAUCUCGACAGGCCCCAGCCAUUCUUAGGCUUGGAGCACAUCCGAGGUAUCCUCGAAGGCCUUUCCGAGACCGGUACACCGUACCAGGAACUUUUUGCAUAUGAGAGCAUAUUGAAGCGUAUGAUCGCUGAGGGUAUCGUUUGUGACUGAUAUUAUUGAAUUACAUCACCACUGUUUUCCUUAAUUCACUUUUAUUUCACAUUUUUAUUGUAUUACUUUGGAGGAAUCAGCAGUGGGUCAGUAACAAUCCGUAGAUUUUAGCAUACAGUAACAGAAGGUAGUUUGCCUCUUUUUAUAUCUCAUUAGCCAGCUAGCAGUAGUUCUCGAGUAGUGAAGUUUCCGGAAUUGUGAAACUUGCGGUUUCUUCGAUUUAGGAUCUUUGCAAGCUCAUAAAAAUUUUCUUUAAUCUAUAAUUCGUAAUCGCUUAUUAUAAUCCCCAAUUUAUACACGAAUUCCUAUUCUAAUUGAACAAUUGAUGCUGCAGAAGCGUCAUAAACAAUGAAACAUGCCACGUCAAUGUAGUAAAAACGAGUUUGAUGAAUAAAUAAAAUUGAUAAAUCAA